UCCUCUAUGCCAACUGAAUGCAUUAUAAAUACCUUUAUACACAAUGCAACUAUGCAAGCCUAUAAGUUGAUCAACCUAUACCGAAGGUGACUAGCACCCCCUUCCAAUCUUUCAUGCUACAUUACCAUUUGUCAUGGAAAAACACAAUUAUUACCUAGUCGUUCUUUCUCUUCUCCUAGCCAUUCUCCAACGCUCGAUCAUCUCUAAAGCUCAAACAAACAACCACACAACCACCGUACCUCGGCAUCCCCUAGAUCCGGUGACGGCCGAGGAGAUAAAUCAAGCACGAACCAUACUAUCCUCCUAUGCGGCUAAUAAGGCCUUGACUAUAUACUCACUAACUUUAGAUGAGCCUCCAAAAUCUAAAGUACUUAGUUGGAGGCAAGGUGAUCCUUUGUCUCCUAGAAAGAUAUCUGUCAUUGCACGAUUUGGAGGUGGACCUAUACGACUGCUCACUGUGGACUUGAGAUUGCGCCGUGUUCGUCGAGUUGAGAAUGAGCCACCAUCAGGGUACCCAAUUCCAACAUCUGAUGAAAUUAUGGCUUCAAUGAGUGCACCCUUUACUAGUGUUGAGUUCAAUAAGAGCAUCAUCAAACGUGGAGUUGACUUGGGGGAUGUGAAUUGUGAACCCUUUGCUCCAGGGUGGUUUGGUAAGAAGGAAGAAAAAAGGAGGAUAAUAAAGGUACAAUGCUUCUCCACAAAAGACACUAUUAAUUUCUACAUGAAACCUAUUGAAGGGUUAACAGUAGUUGUUGACUUAGACACAAAUCAAGUAGUAGGAAUAUCCGAAUCCGAUCAUGCAAAUCGGAUCCCCAUUCCUAAGGGUAUCGAUUCGGACUAUCGUUUCUCAGUCCAAAAGAACACCCACAAAAAAAUCAAACCCAUUAACCCGAUAUCCAUGGAGCAGCCCAAAGGUCCAAGUUUCACCGUGGAAAAUAACCAUUUGAUCAAAUGGGGAAAUUGGGAAUUUCACCUCAAACAUGACCCGAGAGCGGGUUUAACCGUCUCUCGGGCCAUGUUUGAAGACCCGGAUAAUGGAGAGUUGAGAAGUGUAAUGUAUAAAGGGAUGGUUUCUGAGUUAUUUGUACCAUAUAUGGAUCCAACUGAAGCAUGGUAUUUUAAGACAUAUAUAGAUGUGGGUGAUUAUGGGCUUGGAUUAUCGACAAGGUCACUUGAACCACUUAAUGAUUGCCCUAGGAAUGCAUAUUAUAUGGAUGCGGUACUUUCAACAACUCAUGGAAAACCUUUUGUUCGAUCCAAUGUAAUUUGUAUAUUCGAGAGAUAUGCAGGUGAUAUUGCAUGGCGUCAUACAGAGACUGGUAUUGCUGGACAACAGUUUCGUGAAGUGAGACCGAAGGUGACUCUUGUAGCUAGAAUGGUACCAACAAUAGGUAACUAUGAUUACAUCAUAGAUUGGAUAUUUCAGGGUGACGGAGUAAUAAAAACUGAGGUUGCGUUAAGUGGUAUUCCAGUUAUUAAGGGCACAAUAUACAAGAAUACGAAGGAAGUGCCUGAGGAAAAGUACCUCUACGGUCCUUUAGUAUCUGAAAAUAGCAUUGGAGUUAUCCAUGAUCACUACGUUGCAUUCUAUCUUGAUAUGGAUGUAGAUAGUCCGGAUAACUCAUUUGUAAAGGUGGAUAUUCGAAGACAAGAAACUUCACCAGGGGAAUCACCAAGAAAGAGCUACCUAAAAGCUACGAGAAAUGUUGCUAAAACUGAAAAAGAUGCACAAAUCAAGCUUAACAUAUAUCAACCAUCAGAAUAUCAUGUCAUCAACCCGAAUAAGAAGACACGAGUUGGAAAUCCAGUUGGUUAUAGACUAAUACCCGGUUCUAAUGCAGCAAGCUUGCUGGAUUUAGAGGAUCCGCCUCAGAAGAGAGCAGCAUUCACCAAUAACCAAAUAUGGGUCACACCAUAUAACAAAAGUGAGAUGUGGGCUGGUGGGUUAUUUGUUUGGCAAAGCCAUGGGGAUGACACUCUUGCAACUUGGACUAAAAGGGACAGAGCUAUAGAGAACAAAGAUAUUGUUGUUUGGUACGUCGUAGGCCUUCAUCAUAUACCAUGUCAAGAAGAUUUUCCAAUCAUGCCAUCUGAAAGUGUGGGUUUUAGAUUGAAACCAGUUAACUUUCUCAGCCAAAACCCAAUACUUGGAAUUCCACCAUAUUUUCCAAAUGAUCUACCUGUUUGCCAAGCUAAUGAGCAUACUUGAGUAUGCAUAUUAAGGUGGAAAUUAAAGGAGAGAUUAUUAUAUAUGUAUGGUUGUAUGUAGUUGUAGAGACUGGACUCUGGAGACUCAUACAUAUUAUAGGUUAAGAUAAUAUAUUUAAGGAAUAAUUUACGGCAUGUAGUUGUACAAGUAAUAUUGUAUUAGUAUUGCAAUUUCGUGUGAUGUAAAACAUUUAUUAUAAUUAUACAAAGUAUGUCGUUACUCGUUUUGUAAUCAUUUGGCUGGCUUAUUUUUUUUUUCUUCAUUCGCUGAACUUGAAAA